AUGCAAUUCAAAUCUCUCCUCGUUUCCGCCCUUGCGGCAGCCUCUACCGCCCUUGCCCAGCGAUCCUGCGGUACCCCUUCUCCCACUGAAGAGCAGACUGAGGUUGCCCAACGCCUUCAGUUCAAUGAGGAAAACGCUCGAGUUGCUGGCAAUGCUACACGCCUUGCGCCUGUUACGGUCAACGUCUACUGGCACGUCAUUGCCACAUCCAACUCCGUUAGCGGCGGUUACCUUAGCCAGGCCACUCUGGAUAAGCAGCUGGAUGUCUUGAAUGAGGCUUACGCCCCCCAUGACAUUCAGUUCGCCCAGGCCGGUGCCGAUUGGACUAUCAACUCCAACUGGGCUUCUGAUAGGGCUGAGUUGGCCAUGAAGCGUGCGCUCCGUAAGGGCACCUACGCCGAUCUUAAUGUCUACUUCGUACCCGGCACCCCAUACUUGGGCUACGCCUACUUCCCAACAACUGUCACUACCGGAUCGUCGGCUUUCUACUACGACGGUGUGGUUAUUCUUUCUGACUCCGUUCCUGGAGGUAGCUUAUCUCAGUACAACCUUGGCCACACCGCAACCCAUGAGGUCGGCCAUUGGCUCGGACUUUAUCACACUUUUGAGGGCUACCAGUGUGGCGGAAACGGUGAUUACGUAUCUGACACUCCUUUUGAGUCCGAGGAGGCUUACGGCUGCGAGAUCGGUCGUGACACCUGCCCUAGCCAGGCUGGUGACGACCCUGUCACCAACUACAUGGACUACUCUGACGACCCUUGCUUCACCCACUUCACCACUGGCCAAGAGACGCGCAUGCACAGCUACUGGACCGCCUACCGCGCUAGUUACCAGUGA